AUGCAAGGCGAAAUUUCCAAUCCUGCUUACGCUGCUGAGUACGGCGUCGUCCACGAAAACGACUACUAUGUAUAUUACAGUAACUACUCUAGCUACAUGUCUUACGGUGAUGAGGAAUACAAGUUAUCUUACUUCACUGAAGACAUUGGCUUAAACUCUUACAACUAUUACUUCCACUCUUAUUUCUCAUUCUGGAUGCGAGGAGAUAUCUUAUCGGAAUCAAAAGAACAUCGUGGUGAAGCUUAUUUCCACUUUUACAAGCAGUUGCUUGCCCGUUACUACCUAGAACGUCUUAGCAAUGGACUGGGUGAAAUUCCUGAGUUCACUUGGAGUAAACCAAUCAAAUCUGGCUACGUUCCUUUCCUAUUUUAUUAUUAUCCUUUCAUUCAGAGACCAGCCUACUACCAAAUACCUUAUGAAAACAAUGUUCAAGAGUUACAGUUCCUUGACACCUAUGAAAAAACUUUCUUGCAAUAUCUCGAGAGGGGCUACUUCAAGGCUUACAACCAAGAAGUUGACUUUAGCAACUCAAAGUCUGUUAAUUUUGUUGGCAAUUUCUGGCAAUCAAAUGCUGACCUAUACGAGAAGGAAAAACCUAGAAACUAUCACCGCUCCUAUGAAGUCAUUGCUCGCCGCCUUUUGGGUGCUGCUCCGGAAUCAGUUGACAAAUACACCUACCUACCAACAGCGCUUGAUUUCUAUCAAACGUCUCUCCGUGAUCCCGUUUUCUACCAACUGUACAGCAGAAUUUUGAAAUACUUUAUUCAAUACAAGGAACACGUAUCAACAUACACUAAGGAUGUGCUUCAAUACAUCGGAGUGAAGAUAAAUGAUGUUAAAGUUGAGAAACUUGUCACGUUCUUUGAUUACUUUGACUUUGAUGUUACAAAUAGCUUAUACUUCUCACCUGAACAAUUGAAAACCUAUAAAUUCACUUCUUUCAAAGUGCGUCAGCCACGACUUAACCACAAACCGUUUACUGUUACUGUUGAUGUUAAGUCCGACGUUGAAGGCGAUGCUGUAUUCAAGAUUUUCAUGGGCCCUAAAUACAACGGUAAAGGCUAUCCCAUUAGAUUAGAAGAUAACUGGAUGAACUUUAUUGAACUUGACAGGUUCGUACACAAAUUGAAUGUUGGACAAAACGAGAUUGUGCGAAGCUCAACAGACUUCAUAUUCUUCAAUGAAGAUUCAGUUCCAAUUACGGAAGUCUACAAGCUACUUGAGCAAGGCAAAGUUCCUGCUCAUAUGUCUGCUGAAUCAGGCUUUAUGCCCUCCAGAUUGAUGUUACCUAAGGGAACAAAGGGAGGAUUCCCCUACCAAUUCUUCGUAAUAGUUUAUCCCUACCAUGCCACGGAAAAUGAAACCAAGCCCACUGCAAGCUUUAGUUGUGAUAACAUACCUAUCGGUUAUCCAUUCGACCGCCCAGUAAACGAGGCUUACUUCAUGCAACCUAACAUGUACUUUGAGGAUGUAUUUGUGUACCACGAAGAUGACAUUUACCCAUACCAGUACUCUUAUCCCUACUAUGUAGGUCAAAAAACCCCAUUCAAGAAAUACUAA